AUGGGAAAUUCGCUUUUCCUCCUCCACGAAGAGUCGAAGUACGACCCAAUCGCUUCUGCCGCCAAAAGGAGCCUCACUGCACUUCAUCAAAGUCGAGAGGAGACACUCAGACACUAUCGACUUGUUUGGAUGACGCCAGAAACACAAGGCACUUUCAACGGCAAAGUAAAACCUCUUUGCUUCGAUCCAUCACGCGACUUUUUGUACACAGACAUUUUCGACAUGAUGUGUUGUACUCGUUCUGAUUGGAUGGCUCCAUUGAUCGCCAAUCGAUUCCUGAAGAGAGAUUGCUUCAAAGAUGUGAGAGUGUUGGAGGUUCGCUCUUGGCAAUGGCAUCAUGAUAUCGGCGAAUCUCUAAAAACGCCAUAUUGCGUUGCAUUAGAAGUCUUCACACAACUUGAGGAAAUACGCCUCAUGCUACAUCAUCCAUCGCAAUACCUUCCAAAGUUCUGUGCAGAUUGUAGAAGCAGGCAUGGAGGGAGGCCGUGGACAAAAUCUAUGGAAAAGAAAAGUAUAGAUGCGAUGACCGCAUUUUUUCAGCGCAUUCAUGAUGAUACCGCCGUCGGUGAACAGCUCGCUGAGUGGGGAUUUCAGUCACAUACUAAACAUGAGAUUGCGGAAGUCAAGAUUCCUAAAGUUGUUGUUGUUCCAUGGACUAGACGAUGUUAA